CUUAACAAGGAGAGUUAUUGGGGAUAGUGUGGAACCAAAUUCGUCAACAACGAGGCUGAAUUGACCCAAAUUUCCUUCAUUGCUAAGCAAAAUUAAUUAUUUUUUUUCCCCAUAUUAUUAGUUGGCCCCCCCCCCCCCUCUCAUACUCACCAUCUUCUUCACAAUCACAUAACACAAACGAACAACAGCAACACAAAGGACGUUAUUAUGGAGGAGCCUCUUCUCUCAGGACAAAGCAGCGAAUCUGGAGAGAAGGAAAGCGACGAUAAAUGGAGUUCCUAUCAGUCCGUGGGAAGAAGACCUGGCUCUGUCUUCCCGACCUCUUCUGUCUCCGACGCCUACUCGCCUUCACUUCACGCCGCUUUGCUCUCUUCUCCGGAGCCCCACCGCAACGAGCAAGCUAUUGUCUAUCAAGGUGUAUAUGGAGGAGAUUAUGGUGGUACUGGUACACCGAGCGAAGUUGGCAGGCAAAUUUUAGACGAGGUGGAGAUACGAGAGUUGCUCAUUGAUCAUGUUGGGCAUCGCUGCUGUUGGGGAAGUCGUCCAGCUCGGACGUGGAACAUUCACACAGUGGAAGAUUGCAAUGUCUAUGUUGGAACUCUAGAUACUUUCAUAGAGGAAAGGGACACUAUAAAAGAAACAAAACCAUACCUUGGUGGCAAUAUUGAUGGAAAAGACAAGGGACCUGAACUUGGAAUCUGGGAACUGGAUCUAAGAUCUCAGUUCCCUGUUUUAUUUGUACCUUAUCAGGAAUCAAGAGCUAAAAUUCCUCAUUCUGAAAUUAUUGAGAAAUGCUCAGGUUGCGCUGGACGGGGAGGAAUUGUGUGCAGUACAUGCAAUGUGAAUCAAGAACCUGGAUUCCAUAAGGAAAACCAGAUGAUUCAGUGCCCUACUUGUUAUGGAAGGGGAUUAAUUGCUCAUAGAGACGGUUCAGAUACAACAUGCGUGAAAUGUGAUGCUAAGGGGAGCAUUCCUUGUGCAGCUUGUGGAUCCCGCGGUCUUAUUAAAUGCGAGACAUGUCGUGGGAGCGGGUCUCUUGUUACUCGUAGUAUUUGCAUUGUUAAAUGGAAGACGGUAUCAACCCGGAAGGUCAGUGGAACCAGCGGAGCAGCAUCAGUUCCUGAUGAAGUUUUCCAUAGAGCCAAAGGUGUCCAGUUAUGCAACACUCAGGCAUACCAGUGCACUCCAGCCUUCUUUGCAGACUCUUUCUUCCUCAACAAAUUUUCUUCUGAAGUUAUUGCAGACAGAGCCUCUGUCCCUCCCAGUGCAAGGGUCAUAUGCGAGAGGCAUACCAUCUCUGUUGUGCCGGUGAUACGAGUUACCAUGGCUCACCGUGGCCGAUCCUUCAGUUUUUAUAUAAUCGGAAAUGACAGAGAGGUAUACUUAAAGGACUACUAUCCCUCAAGAUUUUGCUGGGGUCUAUGUCCUUGCUUAGAAUGGUUGAAGUUUUAAUUUGGCAGAUUCUAUCUGCAAGACUCAAGGGCUCACUUUUCCGUGCUAUCAAUGUUCAUAGUUCUGGUCUGGGCCUGCUUUGUGAGAGUACCAAGCUAUUUAUUGGUUGAAGUUAUUGCGUUGUUUAUUUAUGUCCAUAGGAUGAUAUAUGUGAAGGUUAAUAAGAGAAGUGAAACUAUUAUUGCUUGAUAAGUUUCUGUAUCUAAUAGUGCUUUUAUCUUGAGUUUUCCCUUGUAAUAUCUUAUUGAAUAUUUUGGCCUUCUGACACGUUUGUGAAUAUUUGUGAGUGCAAUUCCAUUUGUCCAAUAUAGUUACAGAUCAACACGUGAAGUUUCAGGAUUGUAUGCCCCUUGUAAAGAGUAUUGGAACUGUAAAGAGUAUUGGAACUAUCACUAGCUUUGCCUUUUCGCUUUUUUGUUUGUAUACUAUAAUGUAUGCAUGUUUUACUCUUCAUUUGUCA